AUGGGCGUGCUGCCGGUGCCGGCGGAGGUGCGCGCCAUCCUGCUGGACAUCGAGGGCACCACCACCCCCAUCGCCUUCGUCCAGGAGACCUUGUUCCCUUACAUCAGAGAAAACGUGAAGGAGUAUCUGCGUGCUCACUGGGAGGAGGAGGAGUGCCAGCGGGAUGUCGGACUUCUGAGGAAACAGGCUCAAGAGGACUCCAGCCUGGACGGGGCGGUGCCGAUCCCUUUGGAGAGCGGCAGCGGGGAAGAGGAGCUGGAGCGCAUCAUCCAGGCGGUCGUGGACAAUGUGCACUGGCAGAUGUCCCUGGACAGGAAGACCACUGCACUGAAGCAGCUGCAGGGCCACAUGUGGAGGGCAGCCUAUGCCACUGGGCACGUCAAAGGAGAAAUCUUCGAGGAUGUUGUUCCAGCCAUCCGGAAGUGGCGGGAAGCAGGGAUGAAGGUCUAUAUCUACUCUUCAGGCAGCAUUGAAGCCCAGAAGCUUCUGUUUGGAUACUCUACAGAAGGUGAUAUCCUAGAGCUCUUUGAUGGCCACUUUGAUACCAAAAUAGGCCCCAAGGUAGAAAGUGAAAGCUACAGGAGGAUUGCUGCCAGUAUUGGGUGUGCCACCAACAACAUCCUCUUCCUGACAGAUGUCCCUCGAGAAGCCAGUGCGGCCGAGGAGGCGGACACUCACGUGGCUGUGGUGAUCAGACCAGGCAACGCAGGACUGACAGACGAUGAGAAAUCCUAUUACAGCCUCAUCUCAUCUUUCACCGAACUCUUCUUGCCUUCCUCCACUUAGGGAAAGCGGUGCACGCACAAAAGACUGUGCUUCACCUGAUUGUUCUUGUGAAACAUUAGGUAAUUUUGUCCAUAAUCAGAAUUUCAAACCAAA